AUAAAUUAAUUUUCUGAUGUCUCUUUAUGGCCUUGCCCUUUUUAGGGUUAACAAACGUUGUUAUACAACGCUUAACAGGUCAUUACUUAAUGUGUAUUGAAAUAACUAGAAAUAUAAUGCAUAAAUCGAGUUUUAUUUUAUAUUUCAACGAACUACUGAACCGUUCCGUUCACUUAACAGUGAGAUAUCUUGUAAUCAACGCUAUAAUUAUGAGUUUAGUGGACUAUCGCAAGCGUCAUUGCGUCAUAGUGUCGUGGAAUGACGCCGCUAGAGGGCGCGAGCACUCGCUCCGCGCUCACAUAACGGAAACUGCGCGUGAGAGACAUGCGCGCGAGCCAGAGAGAGAAAGAGAAAAACAUUUCUGCACUUAUGAAGCUCAACUUCACUUCUACAGCUCGACAGACCUGCCAUUUCCUUCAGGUUUUACUUUCUCUCUUCAUGCGGCGUUCGUUAUUCGCCCGCGGGGAUGGAGAGCACAUAUUAAGACGCGUGUAAUGUGACAUGAAAAGAGGAGAGAAAGUUUUCAAAUCGAGCUCGUGAAACCGAGCGAUGGUUAACUGGCUAAAUUAAACCCCAGAAGCUUUAAAAAAGAAACCCCGAAGCUUUCAAGUGCUCGCUUUCCAUUGAUAGUAAGCUUUUUUUCCCCUUCAUCUUGUGUGGGAAACGCCUUUCCAGCUUUAAAGAUAUGAGGAGCCGGAUUACAAUGGAAGCCACUUUGUCAAGCAUCAUGCUGGCAUCCUGAUUGCUCAGCUGUGGAGUGACACAAUAUCAAUUCAGCAUGUGCGACAUAUGCUGGAUAAUGCACGGACAGCCAUGAAUAUCCAUGUUUCCAGAGGGUGACGUAGCCGAAAAUAGGCGCCUUAUUCCACGGAUUGCACAUGACUGUGGCAGUUCUGUUCACCUGGCCUAGGACAGAAGAAUAUCGUCUUUAAUCAGCCACGUUGUCUGUUUUACACAGUUUACUUUCAACCUGUGGAGGUAACUAAUGUCUGCCAGUAGUAGCACCUCUCCUCUGACCUUACCUAAACCCUUCGUCCACUCUCAGCAUCAGACUGCACCCCCAACCCCCUCUCCAUCACCCAGCCCGCCGGUGCCACUCUACGUCCGCCUCUCCAAUGGGAAUCACAGCGUCCCGAGCCCCACCAGCUCCCUUCACGGAGUGUCCUUCCUCCUCCAGAUCGGACUUACCAGGGAGAUGGUCACCCUGGAGCCGCACGAUCUGUCACUCAGCUCUGUGAAAGACCUGGUCUGCUCCAUAGUCGAUCAAAAGUUCCCAGAAUGUGGAUUCUUUGGCUUGUACGAUAAGAUCUUGCUCUUCCGCCAUGAUCUGAACUCAGACAACAUCCUCCAGCGGCUAACGUCGGCAGAGGAUAUCCAUGAGGGAGAUCUGAUUGAGGUUGUCCUGUCUGCUCAAGCUACAGUGGAAGAUUUCCAGAUCCGACCUCAUGCGCUUUACGUCCACUCCUACAAAGCGCCCACCUUCUGCGACUACUGCGGAGAGAUGCUGUGGGGACUCGUCCGGCAGGGCCUCAAAUGUGAAGGAUGUGGCCUGAACUAUCACAAGCGAUGCGCCUUUAAGAUCCCUAACAACUGUAGCGGUGUAAGGAAAAGACGUCUUUCCAAUGUGUCUCUGCCCGGCCCUUCGCUGUCCGUUCCUCGUUCUGCUCCAGCCGAGCAUGCUAUCGUGGGCCAAGAAGAGCAGCGCCUCCUUCAGGAGCCAGGUAAGCGGAUACCGUCAUGGAGCGGUCGGCCAAUUUGGAUGGAGAAGAUGGUGCUGGGACGAGUGAAGGUUCCUCACACCUUUGUGAUUCACACCUACACCCGUCCCACCAUCUGUCAGUACUGCAAACGGCUGCUCAAGGGGCUUUUCCGCCAGGGCAUGCAGUGCAAAGACUGUAAAUUUAAUUGCCACAAGCGAUGUGCUUCAAAGGUACCGAAAGACUGUCUUGGAGUCUUCAAUGGAGAGCCGGCCAGUCCUGGUCCUGACUCUGAUACCACGAUGGAAGUAGACAGCAGUGAUGUGAACAGCGAUAGCAGUCGGGGUCUGGAUGAUUCAGAGGAACCAACCACACCAGAAGACAAGAUCUUCUUUAUGGACUCCCCUUUCAUGGACCGUGAGAAAGAUGAAGAACCUGUGAAGACCAUCAGCCCAUCUACCAGCACCAAUAUCCCACUGAUGCGUGUGGUUCAGUCCAUCAAGCACACCAAACGGAGGAGCUCCACAAUGGUCAAAGAAGGAUGGAUGGUGCACUACACCAGUCGAGACAAUCUUAGAAAGAGACACUACUGGAGACUGGACAGCAAGAGUCUGACUCUGUUUCAGAAUGACUCGGGAGCCAAAUUUUACAAAGAGAUUCCCCUGUCAGAGAUCUUGCAGGUAGAGGUUGCACGUGACUUCAGUAGUUUAGCCCUGGGGGGCAAUCCACACUGCUUUGAGGUCAUCACAGCCACCAUGGUGUACUACGUUGGGGAGAACACUGGCGGCCCCCACCUCCACAUACACAACCCUGCGCUGGCGGCCGGCGGUGUGGGGCUGGAGGUGGCCCAGGGCUGGGAGAGGGCCAUCCGCCAGGCCCUGAUGCCCGUUCCAGUAACACCACAGCCCAGUGUGGGCGCCACUGCGGGACAGAAUAAAGAUCACAAGGAACUGUCCAUCAGCAUUUCUGUAUCUAACAGUCAAAUCCAGGAAAACGUGGACAUCAGCUCAAUCUAUCAGAUCUUUGCUGAUGAAGUGUUGGGCUCUGGACAGUUUGGCAUCGUUUAUGGAGGGAAACAUAGAAAAACAGGCAGAGAUGUGGCCAUCAAAGUAAUAGACAAAAUGAGAUUCCCCACCAAACAGGAGAGCCAGCUGAGAAACGAGGUUGCCAUUUUACAGAAUUUGCACCAUCCUGGCAUUGUAAACCUGGAGUGUAUGUUUGAGACUCCAGAACGAGUCUUUGUUGUCAUGGAGAAACUCCAUGGCGACAUGCUGGAGAUGAUCCUGUCCAGUGAGAAGAGCAAACUUCCAGAGCGCAUCACUAAGUUUCUGGUCACACAGAUCCUCGUGGCUUUGCGACAUCUCCAUUUCAAGAACAUUGUUCACUGUGACCUGAAGCCAGAAAAUGUGCUGUUGGCGUCUGCGGAGCCGUUUCCUCAGGUAAAACUGUGUGACUUUGGGUUUGCUCGGAUCAUCGGGGAGAAAUCUUUCCGGCGCUCAGUGGUGGGCACACCAGCGUACUUGGCCCCGGAGGUGCUGCGCAGCAAAGGCUACAACCGUUCCCUAGAUAUGUGGUCAGUGGGAGUCAUUAUCUAUGUCAGUUUGAGUGGCACCUUCCCCUUUAAUGAGGACGAGGAUAUUAAUGACCAAAUCCAGAACGCAGCGUUCAUGUACCCACCAACACCCUGGAAAGAGAUCUCUGCAGAUGCUACAGAUCUGAUCAACAAUCUUCUCCAAGUCAAGAUGAGGAAGCGUUACAGUGUGGAUAAGACCCUCAGUCAUCCAUGGCUACAGGACUACCAGACAUGGCUUGAUCUGCGAGAGUUUGAGACGCGCCGAGGGGAACGCUACAUUACUCACGAGAGCGAUGACGCACGCUGGGAAAAGUACGCUUACGAGCACAGUCUGGUGUACCCUAAGCACUUCAUCAUGGCUCCAAACCUGGAUGAUAUGGACGAGGACCCCUAGUGGCCAUGUGAGCCGAACUAAAAUCCGAGCUCAUUUGAAGGCAGCAACCUGUUAACGGUCUGUCGCUAUGGAGACUGAAACACAUCAGCGAUCUGAAGCGGACGAUGAGGAGAGCAAACUGUCACAAGGUCAGCGAGGUUGAGCGCUCUCUGGAUGUCAGCGAGUCAUGGAAACUGUGGAUCCACACUGCUAAUGAAGAUGACGGCUGUUUCCGUUGGGAGUGCAUUCAGAAGUCUUAAUGACUGUUCUUUUCCAAAAGGUGCUGUUAUGUUUGUUUCUUAUCGAGGUGUGUGCUCGCUAUGUCAGAAACUCACGUUACAAUCGUUUAAAGGAUAGUAACAGAUGUGAAUGAAGUAAACAAAACUCAUCGGAGAGAGCGAUGUGGUCGUUUAUAUUAGUGUUCAACAUCAAACUGGAACGUGCAUUUUUUAAAUUCCUAUUCUUCUAUUAUUUUCUCAUUCAUUUUACAACAUAGCAGAUUGAAUGAUUUCAAAAGGGUUGUUUUUUUGCACUAAACAAUACAACCACUGCAGCUGGUACAAUUAAAUGAAUUAUGAGAGAUAACAGCACACCAUUCUUCAAGAACAAAGAAGAUAGGCGCUCGUGUCGUCGAAUACAACGAGAACUACACUUAAGCUACAGUACGUUUGAACUCUGAAUAAAUGUGGGAAUUGAAUCUGCCAGAUGGAAUGGGAGAGAUUAUCUUCCGCGGACCAAAGACAUUUGCGUCUGUCGUGACUCUUGUUCUUACGUCGUUUUAGAGCCGUUGUCUUCACCAGCAUUCUUUGCAGAGCCAUUCUUUUUAUUUAUUCCUCAUGCUGCAGUCUUAAAAUAUAAUACCAGCGAAGCAGAGCAGAAAGAUGUGUUGGUCAAAAGCCUACUGUGAGAAAGCUUUAUGAUCUAUUAGCAAAGCUCUUUUUAAUACGAAACAUGUAAUGUAUUGAAAAUAACUGCUAACAACUUUUAUUAGAGAAAGAAGAUGAACAGUGUUAUGUUAUAUUCUUUUAUUCCUUUUUUUUUUUUUUUUUUUUUCUUUUUGUGGUAUGUACUGUACCAAAGAAUGAACCUUUCGAACUAUGAAUACCAGAACUGGAAAAUCUGAAAAAUACUUUCGGUAAUGGACUUUUUGUUGUAAAUACUACCUACAAUAUUAAAAUAAAGCUGGAAAAAUUGGGUUUCUGAAUGUAGGCAGUAUAUUGUACCCACAUCCCCCUACAAACACACACAUACACCCCCUUGUGAGAAGUAACAAAUAUCAGGGUAAAAGAAGCCAUUUCUAUGCAGUGUCCAUGAAAUGAAAGCUGUUCCGUACACAUUGAAAUUUGGGAGAAAAGGAUUGAGGAUUCCUUUAAAUCAUUGCAUCACUAUGUUGCCGCUGGAUUGGCAAGUGUCAGUGUUUUGUAUAUUUUAGUACAUACUGAUUCAAUAAAAAAUAUACACUCCA